AUGAGCUAUCCUUUUCUGCCAUCAAAAAAAGAAAAAAAUGGUAAUGAUGGUGAUGAUGAAAGAGGUAAUAUCACAACAGAAGAAGUUGAUGAGGGAUCUUCCAUUUUGCGAUCACCUUCGGACAAAGACGACGAUGAUGAUGACAGCUACAAACUAGCAGAUAUUUAUACAAGUCGGCGAUCAUCUUUAAGAACCCCCAAGAAGCAAGAGAUCGAUGUGAUACCGAGUAAGCAUGUCAUUCAAAAGACUCAAUUGCCUGCAUUACAAAUAUCUCAAAACAAAAUAGAUGAUAAUAACCAUAGUGAUGAUCAAAAUAGCAAUGAGACCGAAAAUAAUAGCGAUGACUCCAGCAGACCUAAUACACCUAUUUCUAAAAAUAUUUCAACAACAAAUACUCCAGAUGCAAAUAUGCAAAAUCAAAUUGUACGCACACCGUCAAGGAGAAGUUCUACGUCUAAUUCUAAGACUUCGACACCUGGAAGAUCAAACUCAAGAGGAUCGACACCCAGAAAACCAACAACACCAUUAAUUCUUGAGGCCAUGGAGGAUGCUGCUACUCCCAGAAGAAAUCGACUUCUUUUAACUCCAACAAGAAAUAAGUCGAGAAGUCGGUAUUCUCCUAAGGAUGAUUUGAUGAUGCUCGGUAAGCUUUUGUUCGCUGAAAAAGCAGAUAAACCGCAUAAAAAAAGAAAAUUGGACUCUCCUAAAACUAGAGAUGUUUUACCAGACGAACCCUUGAAUAAGCUUUACAACUUUGUGACCUCUAAUAAGGAAACUACUGAGCAAGAAUUACAGAGUAAGGCAGAAAAAGAGAAUGAAUACUUGGAGAAUGAAAAUAAUGUUGACAUCACUACCACAUCUACAGAAAAUGCAAAAAGUUCGCAAAGAAACGCUGCAGAUAUCUUACGAGAGAGAGAUAAGAUAUUGGAAUCAAGCAUUAGUAUUGAAGAGCACAAUGAUUUUAAUGAUGGUGUUUUGAAUGAAAUAAAUACGAACGACAAUUCAGAGGUAUCGGAUUUAUCUGAGCUGGAUUCAGACCAUUCUGUAUCUCCUUCAAAGUCGAUUGUAUCAAGUAGAUUAUCGAUCGCAACAUCGAUCGCAAAUGAUUCGAAUGUUGCUAUUCCAGAAGCUAUUAUAAGAGAGGAGGGAGCUUAUGGGAGAGAUCUCAGUGAUGAUCAAGAGGUCGAAAAUGAUGGUCACACAUCUCUGUCGGACUUUUCAUUUGGUAAUGAUGAUGUUGGCUUUGAUAUUGACUCCUCAAGUAGAAAUGAUAUUGACGAUGACGCUGUCGACUUCGAUCCGGAUCUCUCACUUUUGAAUGAUGUGAGAAUUGAGAGGCCAGAGCGUUUAUCAUUUAUUCCAAUCAAGAGAAGUGAAGGUUCCGUUAAAAAUAGUCAAGAAAAUAUGGAAAAAGUUACUGUGAAUUCUAUCGGAGCACCAAUAAUAAAGAAUAUUUGCAAAGUUCUGUUACCGACGAUCGCAUCCAAAAAGCUCAAAUCGCGAAAGACGUUGGAUGUUCUUGAUAAAAUCAGUCGGGAGUUCUUUGAGCAAGAGAUUGAUGAUUUGGAAGCUUAUGCAAAGCAUGAUAAACGGAAAAGGAUAACAGCAGAAGACGUCAAGUUGUUGAUGCAUAGAUCUAACUUAACUGUUACAACAGAUUUAAUGGAUCUUCAGUCAAAUUCGGUUGAAAGUGAAAUUCUUCGGCUUGGGUCGCAGGCGUAUGAUAUGGAGGAUUUUCGAGUGCUAGAGAGAAUACUAUUCUCGAAGCAGAUAAGUAAAGUCAGCAGAGAGAGAAAGAAAAGGGAAAGAAAGCUCAGAGAAGAGCAGCGGAAGAAAGAAUAUCAUGUCAACAAAGAUAAUAAUAAUUCAAUUCAUGCUGCUGAUAGCGGUGAAGAUGUUGCUGAUGAAGGAACGUGGGUGGAAAAUGCAAACUUAAAUAAUGAAAUAAGGACCCAAGAUCUUGAUAAUUUAAAGAGCUCCAUCGAUAUUGAAAUAGGUGGAGAUUUCAUCGAUUAUGAGGGUAUGCCAGAGAUUCCCUUAGCGGAGGAUGAGGAUGAGGAAGAAUAA